ACACUAAUCCCAGCAUGCACCGCAAGGUACGUCCGGCCAGUCUGAUGAUCAGGAAGAUGGCAUGCUCUGGGGUGGAGCCACAGAUCCUUGUACAGUACUUAGUAUUACGAAAGGAUCUAUCUCAGGCUCCCUUUUCCUGGCCCACCGGCGCACUGGUAGCGCAGGCUUGUCACGCCGCCACAGCAGCCUUGCACCUUCAUCGAGACCAUCCGCACACGGCAGCUUAUCUCCGGGAGCUGGGGCGCAUGCGCAAGGUGGUUCUCGAGGCUGCUGAUGAGACCACCUUGAAGGAGCUGGCUGAGACCCUGCAGCAGAAGAACAUUGACCACACGCUGUGGCUGGAGCAGCCGGAGAACAUUGCCACAUGCAUAGCCCUGAGGCCAUACCCCAAGGAAGAAGUGAGCCAGUAUUUGAAGAAGUUCCGAUUGUUCAAGUGACUGUAGUUCUGGGAGAACUGAAAGUCAGCUGGGUCUGGGGAGCCAAAUGGCCACCAUCCUGAAGCAUUGUGGGUUCCUUUCAAUGUUGUUAUACUCUUCCCCUCUAGUUAUGGUGGUUUCUUAAGAACCAGCACAAAUUCAAAUUAAAGCUCUCAUUAAUAAGCACCUACUACUAUCAUCAUUAUCAUCAUUGCCACUAAGUUCAAGUGAGGAGAGUGGAUAAGCAUCACUAUUAUCUGUGGGUCAUCGCUGACACACAAUAUGUUUUCUGUUGGGAAUAAUGGACUUCAGGUCACUCAGGUUUAAAAUGUUGCCUUUGAGUUCCUUACCUCCCCUCCCUCUCUCUGCUCCCCAUUUCCCUCUUCUUUCCUUGAUGUCCCAUGACUGGCCUCCAGUCUCUGGUGCCAUAAUAGAAUGCUUCUUUUCUUCCUCUUUCCUGACACCUAACACAUCACCUUCACAAAGUCUUCCAGCCAAGAAUUACUCCCCUCCCUAAACAUCUGUACAUGACAAGUUUGUACAAUAAUUCUUACCAUUUAUUCUCUCUCAAUGAAUGCUGACCAUCCAGUGGCUGGGCAGAAGAGAGAAUAAGGGUGGGACUUCUACCAUCCAAGGGACUGGGAGAGAGGAAGCGAGUUGUAGAUCUGACACGGGGAAAGAGAAGUGAGUUCUUGAGAGUUCAGCAAAAACCAGAAGUAUUAUUGCUAUGUUGGCUGUGAGGUAGCCAGAUUAGCUUAGGGGGUUCAGACAGAUCAUUUGACUGCCCCAGGUGAAGUUUGGAAACAAAUCUUGGUUUCUCUGUGUCAUUAUUGGGGACUAGCUAGGAUAAAUAAUUCAUUUUACAUACUUUGACACAGGUUUUGGGGAUUAAACUCAGGUUAUCAGGUUAGUGUGACAAUUUUUUUUUUUACCUGUUAACCCAUCUCUCAGUUCAUUACCGGUCAGGGAGCGUUUGUCACGCUCUCAUGAUGGCUCACCUCUGUCCAGCCCAGCAGCCUCUUGGGCCAUCUGGAGCCUCGGAGCCUCUUUAGUGCGGGAAGUCGGGCCGCAGGCGGCGGGCAAGCAGAGCCUCUGGAUGGAUCCUUCCUCAGAAGCUUCGAUAAUUUGCAGAAGCUGGGCCAUGCUCCUCAUUAACAUCUGUCUGUCCGCAUAGUCCGGAUUCAUUUCACUGUGCUCUUGCUCCCAGCAGGCCUCUAGGCAAGAUGUCCCUGCCCAUUGGGAUGUGCCGUUGGGCAUUCAGCUAUGAUGAUGCCCUAGAGGACCCUGCGCCCAUGACUCCUCCUCCAUCGGAAUUGGCAGCAUCCCCUGGAAGCCAGUGAUUCCAGAGCGCAAGUAUCAGCAUCUUGACAAGAUAGAGGAGGGUGCGGCCAGUGUCUCUUCCCUUGCUGUGACUCCAUCACCAGCCACUGACAGUUCAGACAAGGCCCCUGUGGUGAAGGCUAAAGCUACCCAUGUCAUCAUGAGUUCCCUGAUCACAGAGCAGACCCAGGAGAGCAUCCAGCAUUUUGAACAACAGGCAGGACUGAGAGAUGCUGGCUACACACCCCAUAAGGGCCUUACCACGGAGGAGACCAAGUACCUUCGAGUGGCAGAAGCACUCCGUAAACUAAAGCUGCAGAGUGGAGAGACAGCAAAAGAAGAGAAGCACCCUGCAUCAGCCCAGUCCACCCUGAGCAGCACCCCUCACACGUCCCCUAAGCAAAAGUCCAGAGGCUGGUUCCCAUCUGGCUCCUCCACAGCCUUACUUGAUCUGAAUACCAUGGAUCCUGGGAGUGGAAAUGAUAGGAACUCGGCAGACAAAUGGAGCCUCUUUGGACCACGACCCCUGCAGAAAUCUGAUUCUGGUUUUGCUAUUCAGGUUUACAAAGGUGCCCCAAGACCCUCUCCUGUGGAGGUGAUGCAUGCCCAGGCCACACAAGUAGGUGAAGAUCCAGCAACCUUCAAGCCACCAAAGAUGGAUGUCCCAUUGGUAGAAGGAAAGAAGCAACCACUUCGAACCCAUAAUCUCAAACCCCGUGACCUGAAUGUGCUCACACGCACUGGCUUCUAGAAUGCUCUGUCCAGGGUCUGCAACUUCCCUGGGCUCUGACAUAGGAGUGAUGUGGCUAACUGAGGCCUGAGCGAGUGUGCAGAUUGUCCUUGGGUGAGUGAGAAAAAACACUGCUUUCAGGUUGGUGGAAAAUGUCAGUGGUGUAGCGUUGAGGACCUCACUAUCUUUUUUUAAAAUCAUUUAUCCUAGAAAAGGACUCUGAUCCUUGCUUUCCUAGGUAAAUUAUGCUGGAGUGCUUCCAAUACUAAGGCCUCUUGAUUCUUUUCCCUUGAUCACUAUGAGCACUGACAAAUCAUGGUAGAGGUGCCCACCAACCAGUUUACACAGCGGAGGCCUCCUGACACUCAUUAGUCUGGACUUCUCUGAGUGCUGGGCAUGGCUUGCAGGACCCUGGCUUUCUAAGUGGAACCACAGAUUGUCCCCCCCCCCACCCCCUCUUUUUCUUUUUCUUUCUUUCAAGACAGGGAUUCUACGUGUAGCCUUGGCUGUCCUAGAAUUAGCUCUGAAGACCAGGCUGGCCUUGAACUUACAGAGAUGCACCUGCCUGCCUCCCGAGUGCUGGGGUUAAAGGGGGUCACCACCACAGUUCUUUCUCUUGGUUGAUCCAGCACACCACUUUGUUCUCUUGGGCCGUAUCUGCUGUGUCACAGGACAAACACUAGGUCUUAUACGGCCCCUUUUUCCCCCGCAUUUUAACAUGAAAUUAAUUUAACUUCUAAUUCAGUAUGAUGCUGGUUUCCCCACUCUAAUUCCAUUACUGAAGAUUAAGCCCAGGCAGGGACUUGCUCAUUCAAGGCAAGUGCUCUACCACGGAGCCGAGUCACCCCUACUUCCUGGAUAGUAGGCUUUUUUAGUUGUGUGUUUUGUUUUGAGACAGCGUCUCACUCUGUAGCUGUGGCUAGCCUGAAACUCAAUCAGUAGAUGCCCAGAGAAGAUGUGCCUGCCUCUGCCGUCCAGUGCUGGGAUUGAAGGUGUGCACAGCCACACCAGCUUAAGCUUUUGUUAGAGUAAAGAAGACGAUAGGUAUGACUGGAUUAUAUAGUCUUCAGGUUCACAUGAACUUGGCGCCACUGUAUUCUGAUAACAUUGAGACCGUUUUCCACCAAGUUAGCCUCAUCUGUUCAGUAACACGUCUUACCGAGGGAAGGAGGCAAGGAAGUGCCCUUCUGUGUCUCCUCAUUGUUCACAAGCCUGUUGUGAACACUCAACGUACGAUUGCUCGAUCACUUUAGAUAGUAAGUAGUCUGUUUACAUAAUGAGCUAACCUCAGAGAGAAGCCCUGGAGUCUAAGAUUGUUGUAAAAAUUAAUUUAUUUGUGUUAUCUUGUAUUGACAAAUAAAAAUCUUUACUACUUUCUCAAAAAAAAAGUUCAUUACCUAAAAUAGAUAUUGCAGUUUUUAUAAGUCAAAGCCUUAUAGAAUCUCAGCUUCUUUGAGUUAGACCUCGUGGGAAGGGGAAGCCUGUUUACCUGUGACUCUAUAAUAUAGUUCCUUAUGUUUUGGUGAUCCCUCAACCAUAAAAUUAUUACAUUGCUACUUCA